UUGGGCCUUGAAGUACGUUGGUUAACUACGAAGGCGUAAUCCACUAGUUCGCGUCUCCGCCCGGCGAUCACGAGCAGCGACGCGCCGGCCGCCGGAGUGCAUGUCCUGGAUCUGGAUGCUCUCCGCGGCGGGUGCCGUGCUCCUGUGGGCGAUCUCCCUCGGGCGGAUCCUCUACUCUUCAGCGCCGUCCUGCGUGACCCUGAGCCCUGGCUUCCUGCCCCCUCUUCGCGGCGACAGGAGGGGCCGGAACGUGCUGCUGGUCGUCGCCCACCCCGACGACGAGUCCAUGUUCUUCGCUCCAACAAUUCUUUUCCUGAAGUCAAAGUGUCACAGCAUUCACAUUCUGUGCAUGUCUCAAGGCAAUGCUGAUGGUCUUGGAAAUACUCGAAAAGAAGAACUGUACCAUGCCUGUGACACUCUUAAGAUUCCACGUGAACAAGUUAAAGUCUUGGACCACCCGAAAUUGCAGGAUGGAUUCCAUGAGAAAUGGGACCAUGGACUAUUGGCAGAACUUACCAUGGAGAAGGUCCAACUAUGGGACAUCAACACGAUUGUGACCUUUGAUUCCUAUGGAGUGUCGGGCCAUCCAAAUCACCAAGAUGUUCAUCAUGGCAUACGCAAGAUUUUGCGUGAGAACGGGCAAGGCAACAUUGAAGCUUGGCAACUUGCAAGCGUGAAUAUUCUUCGCAAGUACAGUGGUCCAGUUGACAUUUGGUUAUCGUUGUUGAUCUCCUUCUCAAGCUCAAAGCAACCAAUCUAUACUGUAGUUAACAGUAGCCCGUACAGAAGCUAUCAGGCAAUGGCUUCUCACAGAAGCCAAUGGGUUUGGUUUAGAAGAAUGUUUGUCUUGUUCUCAAGUUAUACGUACAUUAAUACGCUACAGAAUGUGUAGCAUUUGACAUCAUAUCAAUCAAAGCAAGUAAUUUGUCAAACAUGCGCCUCCGAUGUUCCUAAUUUUGUACAUGCAACUAUAAGCACGAAGCUUCUUCUGAAGACUUUGCUGCCAUUGGAGUAGGAACUUCAGAAACGGAAUUAAGAAGGUACAAGAAAUUAGGAAUGCUGGUUAUUUCAUGUCUGUUAUUGUUUGUAUCAAUUGAUUUUGUUGUACACUGUCCACAGUCAGUGCCUAACUGUGUACUAUUUUCUUGAGUUCUUCUUGGCAUUGAAAUACAAUCAAUCAGUAUCGCAGUA